AUGGCAUCAAUUGGUACUGGAAAAUUCAAAAAUGAACCAACUUUUGGUAAGAAUAUUAAAGAAAUAUUGAUACUUUUAGAAAGAAGUAUAGCUGAAAGUGAGAAACAAUGGGUUGAUCUUGUUUCGGAAAAUAAAAAUUUAGUGGAUGUAAAUGCUUUUAGAAUUAAUAAGUUAUUUGAUAAUAAAAUAGGUUUGGAUGUCAAAGAUAAUAAAAGCUUUGAACUUCUAAAAAAAACUGUACACGAAUUUAAAACUGAAAGACCAGUAAUCGAUUUGGUUUGCAAAUCAAUUUCAUGUUUAUUUUAUCUCUCAGAUUUACAAUUAUCAAGUAUAAUUACCAAUCUUCCAAAUGAAAUUAUUGCUCAAUUAAAAGAUUCCACUGUUCCAUUCGCAUAUAGAUUAGAAAAUAGUUCACUAAAAAAUGUUCAAAUUCAAAAAAGACAUUAUUUAUCAUCAAAUCGUCCAAUAGAAUUAGUUUGUUGUAUUCUAUAUCUACCUGCCAACAUUGAUAUUAUUUGUAAGGUUGUCCCCAAAUCUAAAUUUUUAAAUGAAACAUCAAUAUCUGGAUGUCCUUUUGAUUUGGAAAUGGAUUCAUCUUUUUAUGGUAUUAAAAAGAAAUUAUCGUUAUAA